AUGGAAGAAGUAAAGGGACAAAGAGGAAACGGAACCACGGAGGCAGAUUUUGUGUUGCAAUGGGGGGAGAGGAAGAGAGUUAGAUGCAUGAAAGUGAAGAAGGACCAAAGCCGCAAGUCAUCUGAUUCUUUGUCUAAGCGCAAACUCAUUUCUCGUGCUGUCUCUUCCGAGAGAGGCUCCCCUUCUCGUCAUCUUAACCGUCCAAACAAGGUGGUAGAUUCUCCAGGUAAUGUGAGGAGAUCGUUUGUGGCGUCACCUGAGAAGGAAGAUAGGUACUACACAACGAGGGGUUCUAUGGGUACAGAUGAGAGUGGGAGAGUUAUAAAGGAGCCUGUGAAGGAGAGUAACAAGAAGCAUGUGUGGCCAAAGUUGUUUAUAACUCUGUCAAAUAAAGAGAAGGAAGAAGAUUUCUUGGCUAUGAAAGGGUGCAAGCUUCCUCAAAGACCCAAGAAACGAGCCAAGCUGGUUCAGAAGACUUUGCUUCUGGUGAGUCCAGGUACUUGGUUAUCAGAUUUGUGCAAAGAGAGGUAUGAAGUAAGAGAGAAGAAGACAUCAAAGAAGCGACCAAGAGGACUGAAGGCAAUGGGGAGCAUGGAAAGCGAUUCAGAGUAA